GCAACAAAAAGCUAGACGCAGCGCAACGAAAACAACAGAACGCGGGGGUCUCGAGACGCGUCGAAGUUCUUUUAACUUAACCUGGCGUCUUAAAAACCCUGGAAGACAUCGCAAAGGGUCAUUACAAACUUAGCUUACUUUAAGAAGAAGAAGGGGGGGAAAAGAUGACUUUGACGGUGUCAACGGACCUGUCAGUGACCACAGCCCCAGGCCGGGAGGAGGAAAAACUAGAAGACAAAAAGAAAGCCCUGCGGAAGAGCUUUGAGAAAGGAGAUCCCAAAACAUUCGGGGUCUCUCAGGUAGUAAUAGGAUUACUGAUCAUAUCUUACUCACUACCUCUGCUCUCAGCAGAGACCACGAUGAUCAUCAAAUUCAGUGUGCCAUGGUGGAGUGGCCUCAUGUUUGUCAUUUCAGGUGCAGUUGCAAUAGCAGUGGAAAAAAAGGCCAGUACAAAGACACUCUCUGUUUGCUUGGCUGUCUCUGUUGUGGCCAUAAUCAUCUCAGUUAUUGCACUUGUCUUGUACUACAUCGACAUUGCACACCAAAUGACAAUCAAAUGCGAUGAUGAACUCAACCAAUUGUGCAUCCACCAGUAUUAUGCCACUCGUUUCAGCAAAGGAGUGAAGAUAAUCAUCUCAAUGAUCAUUUUGGUCCAGACAGGAAUGUCUUGUGCUUUCACAUUUAUGCUGUAUAACCACAGGAAGAACUUUACAGGUUACUUGACGGUGAAUGAAUGAUAUCCUGCUAAAUCUCCAAGCAUAACAUCAGAGAUAUUUCAUUUAAGAUUGCUUGUAAGCUGUACACUUAGUUAGCACUGUUUUGCCUGUAUAUGCUUAAAUGUGUUUUAAGGUCCAAUUUGACACCUUAAAGGAAUAUUUCAGGUUCAAUACAUACAAAUGGACAGCAUUUGUGGGAUAAAGUUGAUUACCACAAAAAUUUAUUUCAACUCGUCCCUCCUAUUCUAAACAAAAAAGAAAAAAAGAGAGAGGCAAAAAUCGGGGUUACAGUGAGGCACUUACAAUGGAAGUGAAUGGGGCCAGUCUGUAAAUGUUACAAUACUCACUCUUUUAAAAGUAUAGCCACAAGACGUAAACAAUAUGUGUGUUAACAUGAUUUUUAGUGUGAUAAAAUCGCUUAUACAUAUCCAAUUUUACAACUUUGUUGACAUGAUAGCGUACCGCUGUAACCCUGUUAUCACGCAUAAACUACGAUUGAAACAACUUUACAGCUCAAAUAAUACAUGACUUUUAACAGAAGAAAUAAUGUAAGUGCUUUUAUACAAUUUUAAGCAUCAUAUUUCUGACUUAAAAUCCUCCAAAAAUUGGCCCCAUUCACUUCCAUUGUAAGUGCCUCCCUGAAACCCAGAUUUUUGCUUUUUCUUUAAGAAAAGGAGGGACGAGUCGAAAUUAUUUUUUGUGGUAAUCAACAUUAUUCCACAAAUGCUGUGGAUUGAAUUUAACUUGAAUUGAACCUGGAAUAUUCCUUUAAGACCUGUUUCACUACUGUCUUAAACAGUACAACUGUCAUUUAAGAGAUCUUAAAUGCCUCAUAAAAUGUAUUUUCAUUCAUUUAAAUGUACUUAAUGAUUAUAUUUAUUCGGAAUACUUUAUUAUCCUUUUGCUUUAAUCAGAUGUUUGUUUGGUAACGUGUUUGGUUUGCUUAUCCUGUAAAUUGUUGACAUUUGUAGGCAUAUGUCACAUUACUAAUAAACAUAAAUAAAAAAAAAGAUUUUUUAAUGGGCCUGGAGAACACCAAAUGGUUGAUGUCCAACUUAAACCUGUAGUCAUGAUGCAUGAGUUCUUGAACUAACUGAACUUCACAAAGAGCCUCCCGAGACAGUAAAGUUUCAUGAACCCAA